AUGUUUGGGAUUCAGGAAAGCAUCCAACGGAGUGGAAGCAGCAUGAAGGAAGAGCCGCUGGGCAGCGGCAUGAACGCGGUGCGGACGUGGAUGCAGGGCGCCGGGGUGCUGGACGCCAACACGGCGGCGCAGAGCGGGGUGGGUCUGGCCCGGGCUCACUUUGAGAAGCAGCCGCCUUCCAAUCUGCGGAAAUCCAACUUCUUCCACUUCGUCCUGGCCCUCUACGACAGACAGGGUCAGCCCGUGGAGAUCGAGAGGACAGCCUUUGUGGGGUUCGUGGAAAAGGAAAAAGAAGCCAACAGCGAAAAGACCAAUAACGGGAUUCACUACCGACUCCAGCUCCUCUACAGCAAUGGGAUAAGGACGGAGCAGGAUUUCUACGUGCGCCUCAUUGACUCCAUGACAAAACAAGCCAUAGUGUAUGAAGGCCAAGACAAGAACCCAGAAAUGUGCCGAGUCUUGCUCACACAUGAGAUCAUGUGCAGCCGCUGUUGUGACAAGAAAAGCUGUGGCAACCGAAAUGAGACUCCCUCAGAUCCAGUGAUAAUUGACAGGUUCUUCUUGAAAUUUUUCCUCAAAUGUAACCAAAAUUGCCUAAAGAAUGCAGGAAACCCACGUGACAUGCGGAGAUUCCAGGUCGUGGUGUCUACAACAGUCAAUGUGGAUGGCCAUGUCCUGGCGGUCUCUGAUAACAUGUUUGUCCAUAAUAACUCCAAGCACGGGCGGAGGGCUCGGAGGCUUGACCCCUCGGAAGGUACGCCCUCUUAUCUGGAACAUGCAGCUACUCCCUGUAUCAAAGCCAUCAGCCCGAGUGAAGGAUGGACGACGGGAGGCGCGACUGUGAUCAUCAUAGGGGACAAUUUCUUUGAUGGGUUACAGGUCAUAUUCGGUACCAUGCUGGUCUGGAGUGAGUUGAUUACUCCUCAUGCCAUCCGUGUGCAGACCCCUCCUCGGCACAUCCCCGGUGUUGUGGAAGUCACACUGUCCUACAAAUCCAAGCAGUUCUGCAAAGGGACUCCAGGAAGAUUCAUUUACACAGCGCUCAACGAACCCACCAUUGAUUAUGGUUUCCAGAGGUUACAGAAGGUCAUUCCCCGGCAUCCCGGUGACCCUGAGCGUUUGCCAAAGGAAGUAAUACUCAAGAGAGCUGCCGAUCUGGUAGAAGCGCUGUAUGGGAUGCCACACAACAACCAGGAAAUUAUUCUGAAGAGAGCGGCUGACAUUGCAGAGGCCCUGUACAGUGUCCCCCGCAACCACAACCAGCUCCCGGCUCUUGCUAACACUUCAGUCCAUGCAGGGAUGAUGGGCGUGAAUUCGUUCAGUGGACAACUGGCUGUGAAUGUCUCUGAGGCAUCACAAGCCACCAAUCAGGGUUUCACCCGCAACUCCAGCAGCGUCUCACCACAUGGGUAUGUGCCGAGCACCACCCCCCAGCAGACCAACUAUAACUCAGUCACCACGAGCAUGAACGGAUACGGCUCUGCCGCCAUGUCCAAUUUGGGUGGCUCCCCCACCUUCCUCAAUGGCUCAGCUGCCAACUCGCCCUAUGCCAUUGUGCCAUCCAGCCCCACCAUGGCCUCUUCCACAAGCCUCCCCUCCAACUGCAGCAGCUCCUCGGGCAUCUUCUCCUUCUCACCAGCCAACAUGGUCUCAGCAGUGAAACAGAAGAGUGCUUUUGCACCAGUCGUCAGACCCCAGACCUCCCCACCUCCCACCUGCACCAGCACCAAUGGGAACAGCCUGCAAGCGAUAUCUGGCAUGAUUGUUCCUCCCAUGUGAAAGAAUUGCCUUGAAGAAUUUUAUUAAUGAAGAGGUUGGAUUC